AUGAUACUAUUGUGGACCGGGUUCCUGAUUCUCCUAUUCACAUCACAAACUUAUCUGUGUGCCGGUGCAGUGACUACUGCUCAAAAAACACUGUUGCUUUCUAUGCACAAUGAUGCACGACAGCAAUUGCUCGACUGUAAAAUGAUCGGACAACCGGUGCCUGCUACAAUGCCAAUGUUGGUUUGGAAUGAUGCCUUGGCGGCCAAAGCUCAAACCUGGUCAGAUCAGUGCACCGUCGGGCACGAUACAUCCAGUGCUCGGGCAGUUGGUUCAUGGACGUGGGUUGGUCAGAAUUUCGCUGGAACUGGAAUUCUCAACCAGGCUGUACCAAUGUGGGUUGAGGAGAACAAAAAUUACAACUACGACACGAACACAUGCAAUGCUACCGCUUGCGGUCAUUACACUCAAGUUGUAUGGGCCGCAUCAACCGAUAUCGGAUGCGGUGUGACAGAUUGCAAAUCUAAUCCUAGUUAUGCAUACGGGCUAUCCAUUGUAUGCAACUACGGUCCUGGUGGUAAUUACGCUGGACAAAAACCGUACACCAAGGGGAAUCAAAGCGUCUGUCUGGUGUCGAAAAAUUCCACGGCUGCCAUUUUGAGCGCUGCCGCGCCGGCCGUUACAUCCGUGGCCUUCACAAUGAUGGUUCAUUGA